CUUCAAAACAAAUGAAUCAACCAAGAGUGACAGGAGGAGAAGUUGUAAUAGCAGAAAACUCCAGAUUGCAAGUAAGAAUCUAUGAAUUACAACAUAGAAUUAAUGCUCUGACUGCUGAUAAGGAUGAAUUGAUUCACGAAAAUACACAACUAAGAAAUAGAAAUGAAGAGCUUGUAACUGAAAAGAAUCAACUCGAAGCAGAUAAUAUUCAAAUUC